AUGGACUCUGACCACCCCAAGCCCAUAUCCGCCAUACCAUCGCAUCUUAGCUCCGCCAACAACGGCGCCCAAGGCUACACCGAGGCCAGGGACCGCAAGGAGCGCGAGAACCUCUUCUCCUCUAUCCAGUCCUCCAGCACUGACAGGCAGCCUAUUGACUUGCGCCACCCCAACGGCACCUAUUCCAAGCCCACCAUUCACCGUGGCAAAGCGCCUCUCAACGGCCUUGAGGAAGAGCAUGCGCGCGACCCGCGGGACGAGGCUGGCCCUCCCACUCCGCUGGCCACGAGCCGCCCUCAGAGUCCCUUCACGCAGCAUCCGACCAUCGACUUCGACGGGCUCAGCUGGCCUAGUCUCGGAACGCGCGAGCGCAAGGAAGCUACAGAGGAGGAGAAGGAGGAGCGUCUUGCGAAGCUCUCCGGCGCCGUGAAGACCAUCCUGGAAUGUCUCGGUGAAGACCCCAACCGCGAAGGCCUCCUCGAAACCCCGGAGCGUUAUGCCAAGGCCAUGUUGUUCUUCACAAAGGGAUACGAGGAGAAUCUGUUCGAUAUUGUCAACAGGGCUGUGUUUCACGAAGACCACGAUGAGCUCGUCAUUGUCAAGGACAUUGAGGUCUUUUCCCUCUGCGAGCACCACUUGGUCCCAUUCAUGGGCAAGAUGCACAUUGGCUACAUCCCCAACCGCCGCGUCCUUGGGCUCUCCAAGCUCGCGCGCAUCGCCGAAAUGUUUGCGCGUAGACUGCAGGUCCAGGAGCGCCUGACCAAGCAAGUCGCGCUCGCUUUGUCCGAGGUACUCCAGCCGCAGGGCGUUGCCGUCGUCAUGGAAUCCAGCCACCUGUGCAUGGUCAUGCGCGGCGUGGGAAAGACCACCUCUACCACUACCACCAGCUGCAUGCUUGGGCGCAUGAGAUCGACGGCGAAGACUCGGGAGGAGUUCCUGAACCUCGUCUUUGGCAACAGGCGCUAA